AUGGAAGACCAAAUCCAAAGAGAGUAAUUUUUAUCUAGACCAGACGCACUCUGCCGUCAUUGUGAUUCCAAAGUUGCAUGUUUUUCCAAGCCUGAAGCCACUUACUUCACAGGUCUGAUUGCAUGCAUUGUUAUCAUGAUAUUCGGAAUUUGGUCAUUUUGCAUCCUCCCAUUUGCAAUCCCACUAUCAAAAGCAAUAGUGAUCAGAUGCGCCAGAUGUAACUCAAAGCUCGAAACUAAGCAGCCAUUUGGUCUCUUCAGCCUAAAAGAUGAAGUUUUGACUAUCAAACUAGGAGACUGUGUAAUUGUGAUGACAAGAACCUAUUUAUUAGCUAUAACCAUAGUUGUCUCGGCACUUAUCAUGUAUUGAUGGUAUAUUUCAAUACCACCACCAAAAGAAAUUAUUUAUAGUAACGCUACGUGAGAAGAGUACUUAAAAGACUGUGGGAUGGAAGUUGUCCUUGUGAAUGGAGUAAGGGCAUCACAAAAAUUCAAAACUUUAUAUGAAGGAAAAACGGUCCAAUGGGAUGGGUAUUUAGUAAGAGCCACACAAAACCCAGGAGGCUAUAUCUUUAGGGGAGAUCAUGCAGUUGUGAUAUUGGCUAAAAUGGUCCCGACUGAGUCAAAUAUUCAUGCAGAUAUAAUUUUGACAAUGGACGACCAUGAUUUUGGAUCAAACAUAAGCACGCUGAGGUCAUUGCAGAAAGGAUCACAUUUUAGGUUUAACGCUACAUUUGUAUCACUUGGGAAUGAAAAUAUGCUUCACCAUUUUCAUGCUAGCUAUAUUGAAAAACUAGACGGACACAUGCAAAUUGCUGACCAUGUGCAUAUUGUGAACCAAAGAUACAAUGUAAAUAAUUCACCAUCAAAAGCACUAGACUCAGGACAAUAA